AUGAGUACCUCGAAAAACACAGCAGCACCGCGCAGCAGAGCAGGAGCAGCACGAGGAGGAGCGGCGGUGGCGGCAUCGCCCAUCGCUCCGUCACGAGGCCGCCAUCUAAAGCCAACCAAUAUUAUUACCCUAGCUCAGGUCUCGCACGAACGAAGGCUAAUCAAACCAUUGAGCACGUCCGCUCUCCUUCCAACUGCCCCUGCGUUUUGGUUCUCGCUGCCGGAGAAAAGAUGAAAAAACAAUCAAUCACAACAACACCACGUGCACAAGAUGCAUUUACUCCAGGUGGGAAGAUGGAGGCGAUGACCAAGCUUUCUUACCAUGUGGCACGCAUCCACACUGCGCUCCAUAGCUUCACGCCGCCGCCCACAAAUCAAGCAAGGCGAAUUCAGUUCACAGUUUUAGGACAAAAAGUGGCUCUU